UCGUCUUGCACGUGUCUGCAACAGUAUUAAAGUUUCGAAGCACUUUGAAACUUCUAUCGAUGGCUGUGAUUGGUCGUCCCAUGUUGGCGUCCUCUCAUUUCGACCAAUCAGACACGUCGUUGUGUGAGCGAGUACGUCGAUUUGUGGCGCAGUGCAGCAUUCCUCUUCGAAGCUUCGUUCGUCUUGCACGUGUCUGCAACAGACCUGUUCGUGUACUUCGUCAGGUAUCGGCAGAUAGGAGAAUAUACCGAACAUUGUCGAGCAUUGCCGAAGUGCCGACCGGUCUACGAUGGGAAGAUGAAUUUUUUGAUUUUGCCGAGUUUCUGGAUAUCCUGAUGGCAUUCUUCAGGACUUCCGUCUUGGACGUUGCUCCAUGAGGAAAGAGUAUGAAUUUCUGGAUUUUGUCGAGAUCCUGGACAUCCUUGAUGGCUUUCUUCACGACGUCCGUCUUCUUCUACAAGGCAGCCUCCUACCUGGUGUUUGACUGUCGGAAGAAGAGUAUAUCUGCGAACGGUGAGUCGCAUGUUUUAUGGUUCCUCUGGUGCCCAAUCAUGUCGUAGGACGAAUGGUCCGAAUCGACACGGGUCACUGGUUGUAUAUGUGGUUAGCGAGCAUAGUGACCAUGGGUAUAAUUAUACUCAUGAGUAGUAAUAUUUUUAUUGUUUCAUUUCAUUUAGUUCAGGCUAGGUCUUUUUGUACACCGCGUUUUAAUAUCAUUUUAAUUCCACAUAUUCCAAUAGAUAUUUAUGAAAUAUAUGAAUGCUCUUAAAUGUUCUUAAAUGUUUUUAAAUGUGGAAUAUGAAAUAUUUUAAUACAGAAAUAAUUUUAUUUAGUUUUUAUUCAAAUCGAUAUAAUAUUGGUAAUAUAGUAUAGUAUGUAUACUGAAUAUACAUAUUAAUUAUGAUUUUACAUUGAUUUCAUUACAUUUUGUAUAUUGUAAAUUCAAAUAUAAUUUGAGACCUUUUUACGAGAAGUAAAGUUCAAUUCAUUUCGUGUAAAAUUGAAGAAUUUAUGUGCAAGAAGACAAUUCGUGACGGGUAGAUUUCCAAGUCAGAGUGAUCUAUUUCAACACAUUUUGCGUAUUCUUGAAAAGUUACUCUGAGGAGGGAGU